CCAACUGAAAAAAAGGGUUUGAAGGUGAACAACCCCUUUAAAUGGCAAGAAAAGCAAAUUUAGAAAACAAGAGUUUUCUAAUGAGUUUUUUGCAGACUUGUAGAGAUUGCAGGCACUGCACAAAGUCUGACACAUACUGACACAGAGGCUAAUGGUUUUUUGGCUGAGAUCACUAGAAACUGAAUGUAUGAAAACUAGAUCAGCAACACACCAUUCUCUCAAAGGAGGUGGGAGGAAUAAAGAGUGGUGAGGAAAGCAUGGAGGUGUGUCUCUUACAGGAAAUGACAAACCGGUGAAAGAAAUGGUUUCUAAGGUAACAAGCCACGCUAGAGGGCUUCUGUUACUUUCCUGAGCUCAAGAUGGGGGAGAGUGAGAGUGGAGAAAAUACUUACUGCAUCCGACUUAACUUCCAGCAUAAAUUUAAAAGUGCUUCAGUAAAAGAUUGUAUCCGAUCUGUGCUAAAAGAGGAGCUCAGUGACAAACAGUACGUGCCAGAAGAUGUUCCACAGCUCACAAGAUUUUUGUCUGAGACAGUUAAAGACAAACUUAAAGACAUAGGGUUUGACAGGUAUAAAAUGGUGGUGCAAGUUGUGAUUGGUGAGCAGAGAGGAGAAGGAGCGAAGUAAGUAAAUUGCAUUCAUACCAGAGGUUUGUAAACAGCUCCUAACAUUCGAAUUAUCAAAUAUCAAAUUAGACCACACCCCUGUUCCACCGCAGCCUUAUGCAGUUAUGCCUGGUCUCUUCCCCCAGACACCUCUCCCUUUUCCACACAGCUCAGUGGGUUUUUUUGGGGUUCACUUUGUGUGACUGUCCCACAAAACAAUUAACCAUUGGGAGGUAUGGAAUACUGAAUAAAAAUUUGAUGCUGAUAUUUUUCCAUUAGGAAGAGCUAGCUGCAGAGAUUAGGGGCAUGUUGGUGGCCAUACAAUGAUACAAACAUUUAUCCAGAAAACUUGGGACCUGGAAUUUCCAAAUAAGGCCCUUCCAUAAUUUGAAGCAUGAUGUUAAAAAUAUGUGCCUGUAAUGUGGAUUUAUGCUUAUUUUCAGAUUAUCCAGGUUUCUGGAUAACAGAUCCCUACAUUAUAUUACUCUUGUUUAUAUCUGAAUAAAUCCAGACUUUAUGGGUGCCAGGUGAUUCACACUGUGGAUAAUUUAAAAAUAUAUUAUUAUAACAAAAUAUUGAUACAUUCUUGGAACUUGACAUAUUUGUAUUGCUUGCUCCAUGCUCUUAUAAAGCUAUGUCCACAAUUGGCAGUAAGGAAAUUUGUGUUUCCUUUUCCAGUUUCUAGAGACCUUGCAUUCGAUAGAUUGGGAUUGUUGGCAAUUUAUUUUCAAUAAACCAGUCUGCCGAGUCCUGAUAUCUGUAAAAAAAACAGCUGGGGUUUCUGGUAUAGUCAUCUUAUUAUGGUUUUAAGGGCUAAAAAUGAUUGCAUUCCUCAUGCUGUAUAGACCUGAUGCACGCAAAUCCCUUAAAUCCAAUUAAUAACCUAAUUCUCUGCAUUUAAUCCAGCAUGUAUUUUCAUUUAGCAAGGCAUUUAACUAGAAAUCUUGGGACUACCAUGUAAAUCAGCCUUUAAAAUACCAUAUCUACCAUCCU